CUUAUUAGUGUGUUAGUGAAUUCAAUCUUUAAGGUUAUAGCGUUCUCUCUCCCAUGCUCCAAAACUCUGCAAGCUAGGGUUUGGAGAUGGCGGGCCUCUCCUUCGGGAUUCCUCUUCGGUUGUGGAGCCCCCCUCCUCUUUUUGCUACUCGCUUCUCCACCGUCGGACAAUGUACUUGUAGAUCCGAUUAGGUGGUAAGAUUAUUUGACGUUUUGGUCCUUGGUUAAUGGCUGAAUUUGAGAACUCAUGGUGUUCGGACGACUUUGCUAUUUUGGAUGAUUCUUUCUCCAAAAAUACCCAAUUUUUGGGGGCUGCUAAGCGAGUAGAUGACCCACAGCACUUUGCACAUGCAGAAAUCCAAACCUUUCCUAAUUUGCCCCUUUGUGGAAGCCAAGUUGUGAGUGGUAACAAUGAUACUGGGCAGGUUGAGGGGGGAAACAUAGAGAAUGGUACAACUGACAUGGGCUUGGAGGUUGAGAUAAAUCCGUCUCGAGCUGUUCUGUCUCCAAUUGCUGAGGUACAACUGGUGGAUGUUCCUUUGUCGCACCAGUUGGGGGACAUGAGAAACCACACAGGGAAAGGGACCACUACAAAAGCUAAUAAGAGCAACUAGAAACGGUUAGCUCGUGAAGUGGCUUCUGCAGGGACCACAGAGAAUGGGACUCGGAACAAGCGGAGGAGUUGUCUCACACCUAUAAAAGAAGAGCGAGCCCUUAAAGUGCUAGUAAACAAUACAGGGGUGGCUUUAGC